ACUGCGUUCUGUUGGGACGAUAGGAAAGCUUGGAAGUAGAGGAGCUGCAAAACAGGUAUACAUUGCUAUUAACCAGGUUCUGGUCCGAUCAUGGCCCCCAAACUGAGUGUGCUGCUGCUGUUACUGGUUGUUGCCACAGUAACAGUUCUGGCCCAGAGGCGACGCCCAGCAUCGAGGACCCCCACCACCACCACCACCGACGACGAGUGGAACUACAGGGAUGGCUCUGAGAGGGUGAACAUGCGCGGCGUAGCCAACCUGACUCAGAUUCUGGACAACUGGAGGUUCGAUAUCCUGGGCCAGAUGAAAGGACUUCUGCAAAACGACCACCAGUCUCUCUUGCCUGACUACGCCAGGAUCCAGCCGCUGUCUGAGGCUUUAGACGACCUCUACAAGGAGUUCAACGCCCUCAAAGCUCACCUGGGCGACCUGACUGAGAAGUUUACCGCCAUAGAAAGUUUCAUCGACGAGGUCAAAGCCAACAAUGCCAACGCUGGGCCGGCCCCUGGCCCGGCCCCUGGCCCGGCUCCGGCCCCUGUCCCCAGACAGACCGGGAGGAGGGUGAUGAAGAAGAAGGCCACUACUUCUUAAGCAGACAAUGAUGUGCUUCUUUUAUGUUGAUGUUUGCUUCUUCUCAGGCUGUCAUGUCUCCGUUCAUCUUAUCUGACAGUGCUGAAGCUAAUCCCCUUUUAACUUUACCAUGUUAAAAUUCUUAUACCAAGGCACGCUCAGUUGAAAGCACAGACGUCUAAAAUUGAAAUAUACAAUACAUUAAAGAUUAGAAAUAUAAAAUGUACAGUAAAUAAAAGAUGUCACUCACAUAUAGUGUGGAAUAAUGAUGUAAAAAAGAAUGUAAGAUAGCUGCAUUCUCUGCACACUUUUCAAUAUAUAUUUUGAACAUGAUCCACAGUUAACAGUUUUCCUCAUAAGAAAUAUAUUUUUUCUAAAUUUUGAAAAACAUAUCCAGGGAUUUGAUUUGAAAGAUUUCCUGUUUGUUGUUUAAGUGCCUGGAAAGUUCAACAACACAUGCUGAGUGAUAUCUAUCUUGUAGCACAGCUGAGCUGUUUAGGAAGCAC